UAGAAGCCGAAACAAAAUCCCAUUCUCUAACCGGAUCACUUUCUAAAAAAAAAGGUAACGGAGUGAAUGAGUGAAGAGGCUGUCCUGCCGACCACCAUUAAAGCAGAUUAACAAUGUCGAUGAAGAUUUUCAUCAAGUCUUUGAAAGGAAAGCAUUUUCAGAUUGAAGUGAAUCCAGAUGAUACGGUUGGUGCUGUCAAGAAAACUAUUGAAUCUGUCCAAGGAGAAAAAGCCUAUCCUGCUUCACAGCAGAUGCUUAUUUAUCAAGGAAAAACACUCAUAGAUGGAACUACACUGCGGGAAAAUAAAGUUGCUGAAAAUAGUUUUCUUGUUGUCAUGCUGUUUAAGAGUAAGAGUUCAUCUGGGAGAAGUUCGGUAGUGGCAGAAGUUACGCCUACAACCAAGGAUCCUGCACCACCUAUGACACUUGUUGAGGCAUCUAAUAAACUUCCACCUACUGUGACUGAUGCAACUCUCCCUGCAUUAUCACCUACAUCAGCAUCAACACCUGAGUUUCCUUCCGUUGAGGAAUCAUCUUCUACACCUCCAGUUACUGUGACUAUUGCAUCUCGUGCUACUGAUACGUCUAAAUCAUUGUCAAUAGACUCAAUACCCAAGCAUCCUCCAGUAACCUGUAAUGCACCUCCGAUGAUUUUGACUGAUGCAUCCCGCAGCCCUGCUUCCAUGCCUACAUCAGUUUCAGCUCCUUUGAUUUCAUCUUCUACGUCAAUAUCUGAUGCCAAGGGUCAAACAACUUCAGGUACUCAAUCUGCAAAUGAUCUUGAGAAUACAAUCCAGCAUAUAAUUGAUAUAGGCGGAGGAACAUGGGACCGAGACACUGUUACACGUGCCCUUCGUGCUGCAUUUAAUAAUCCAGAGAGAGCUAUUGGAUAUCUAUAUUCUGGUAUUCCUGAGAAAGCAGAAGCUCCCUCUGUUGCUCAAUUUGCUGGAGAUGGACUGCAUACGAAUACACCAUCCGUGUCUCAGCAACCAACAUUGCCUACAUCAGUACCUUCCAGAAGAUCUAAUGCCGGUUCUUCAAAUAUCUUUCCUCUGGGAUUUUUCAGUCGGGGCUCUUCUGCUGCUCCCACUGGCGUGCUGGAUUUUCUGCGUAACAGUGAACAAUUUCAAGCUUUACGAGCUAUGGUGCAAGCUAAUCCACAGGUCUUGCAGCCCAUGCUUGAAGACUUUGGAAAACAAAAUCCAAACCUGAUGAAACUUAUACAAGAACAUCAGACUGAAUUCCAUCGUUUGCUACAUGAGCCCGUUAAAGGUGAAGAACGGAAGUUACUUGAGGAACUUACUGCUGCAAUGCCUCAUGCUAUACAAGUUACAACUGAUGAACAUGCGGCCAUAGAACGGCUUGAAGCUAUGGGUUUUGAUCGGUCUCGUGUAUUAGAAGCAUACUUUGCCUGUAACAAAAACGAGGAGCUCACUGCUAAUUACCUUGUUGAUCAUAUGCACGACUUCGAGGACUAAAUAGUGCAACCGGUGAGAAUCGGGUCUUGUCUCAUUUGCAGAGCAAGUAACAUUUCCAUGAAAGACUCGGGUUUGAUUCUCAUCUGGCCUCCUUCCCCAAGCCUUUCCCGUAAUCCAAAAAAAAAUAGUGCGACUGGUGAUGAUUCCUUAGUCCUUACGAUGUGCUCGUCGAGUUCUGCAGUUUGUAUUUUGCUAUCCAUGUAAGUGUUGCAUAUAUAGCUUAUGCCUGAGGCCAUAUAACCUGUAUAUCUUAUUAAAAAGCUUAAGCUUGUACUGUCAAGUGAUAUUGAGAUACUUAUAUUAUGUUGCCCACCCCAGCUACUUUGUACUGGAUUAAUUGAAAAUAAAUAUUUUCCAUCUUUGCCUUUCA